CUCGCGAGACGAUUGGUUUCUAGGCAACGAAUGCAACAAUCGGAAAAAAGACAUAAUAGUACUUCUAUCUUCGAGUGGUUAUAUUGUGACUAGUUGAACUUAACACUACCUUUAAUUAGGACGACAAAAAGUCAACAUUUCACGUGAAAAAGCCUCACUGGUUGAUGAGGAAGGUUCAGGUAUCUUUUGUUAAGAUCUCUGGAACAACAGUUCAAUCUCAGAGACAUCAUCUUCAAAAACUGAUGAAGUCAUGACCACAUAUAUGAGAAGAAGACAGCAACAUGGUGCUGUACAUGAUAGCAGAGCAGAUGGAGUUGACAAUCCAUUUCCAAACAAGCCUGUUAGCCACAGAAGGCCUUUCAACCCAAGGAUACAGGCAUCAUUUGAUCUGGGUGAUUCUGAAAAAAUCACUGUUGCAAAACAACCAAGAGGCAGUUUGUCGCACCAAAAAUAUCAUUCAGAUGACAUUAGACACACCACCACAUCUCAGUACCCAAGAAAAGGCUCACAAAAACUUCCUAGAACUGAACUGCAGAUGGACAAAGCAAUUUAUGCAAAAGAGCUCGUGCUUCAAGAGAAGCUGUGGAAGGUUGAGGAAAAAAUAAGACAAAGAAUCCAGAGAGACAGCACUGAUGCUGCUGCAGGCAAUGGCCAAAAGAGUGAGGAGGAGAGGCAUGAUAGGAGACAAGCAGAGAGGGGGAAAGUUCAGACAAAAAACAGACAGUCUGAGCAGCAGAUGAGGGAACCAGUGAGAGGCAGAGAAGUGAUGACACAAGAAAGAAGACAGGAAGAUGUUAAACAAGUUACGAAGAGGCACAUUCAGAGGAGUGAGGACAAAAUGACUAAUACACAUGAAGAAGAAAGGGCUAGAGGGAAAAGAAGGGAAACAGAAGUUGCACAGAUGUCCAAUUUGCAGAGGAAAGAAAGUAAAGAAACUCAUGAGGUCACAGUUCAUGAGCAAGAAGUAAAUGGGGAGCUGAACAAAUUGAGGUGGAAAAAUGUGAAAAAGCAUACCAGAAAAAAAGGAGGUGAUGAAAAAGAUCAAGACAUUUGGGGAAACACUGGUGUGAAGUUACAUGAUGUAGCAGAGAAAGCAAAAGAAAGAAAACAAAAUAUAACCUCUAUAGGUGCACCAGUUUCUAGUCCUUCUCAGCGUGGCAGACAAGAGCAGGAGGAGCUCAGACUUCGAGACAGCACAGACGAUGACAUCCAGCUUCUUCUUUGCAAAAUCUGCAACAGAAAGUUUGCAAGCAAACGAUUGGAAGUGCAUGUCCAAAUAUGUGAAAAGCUGAAGCAGCCACGCCAUGUCUUCAACUCCUAUGUUAAUAGGACCAAGGGGACUGCCAUUGAGGAGUUCUGGAAAACCCACAGCAGAACCAAGAUUCCAGAGGUUUUAAAGAAAAAGAGUCUAAGAGAAAACCACAAGGCAUCUGUAUGAGGGUCCACUUCCAGCUGGAACCUUGAAACAGUCCAAAGGAGCCAACCCAACACUGCACAUAAUCCCAGUUGUACCUGACAGAUAUUGCCCUCACAUUUCACAAAAAAACUAACACAAGCUUUUAAAUGGUUCAGUUUGCUCUGGGAAACUCUGUAUCAUCUGUUGGAAGGCAGGAGCCCUUGUCGUUAUCCUCUGAGCCUGCCUAAAGAUAGACUGCUCGUAUGUGGACUGGAAGGGCUCGUACUCCUGCCUUCCCAUUCAUGGCCGUAUCUACUAAACAAGUAAGCUUAUUUUUGAGUUGUACAGUGAGGUAGCCCUACCAUGCUGACAUCCCGUAUUCCGCUGUGCUCUCUAGAACAGCCUGAUAAAAUACAAUUUAAUGAAAAAUAUAUGAAAAUUCUUUGGAAAACCAGAACAAAACCUACAAAACAAAUUUUAUCUGUGACAGCAAAAAAGAUACAAAAUCUGGAUAAUUGUGAUCUUGAAUAAAGAAAUACUGGGCCCAGAUGUCAGCACAUCAAGUCACUCAUCACCAUCUUAUUACUGUCAGUACGGUCUCUCAUUAGAAUUUUGUUGCAGAUACAGUAUCUUGCUUACCUUGUUUAAACAUAGUCACUAUCAACUUAACAAUACUUUCUAUGGUUGUUUUGACUCUUUACAAAGAUAACAGAUGUUAAUAUCAAUAAUUCAAAAUAGCUACUGUGUAUUGCAGCUCACAUUGUGGGAAAUAUUAAGCAAACCCACACAACAAACAAUAGCUGUUAUUUUUAUUUAUGUCUUUUACUCGACAGAGAUUUUACAGCUGGUGUAUCUCCACAAUGUUUGGUUACUCGUUGAAGAAAAUAAACCAGAUUUUUAAAUGCU